UGCCCAAGAAGGUCCUUUCAGAGGAAAGACAAGAUGGAGUCAGACACAGAGAUUCCCGAAUUCAGCUCCUCUCUAGUGACAAAGACACCAGACUGGAAGAAACCUGCCAUUCACAGCACUCCACAGGAGAUGGCUAUGGGCUGGAGCCCAAGGCCCCCCGGAAGAAACUUCCAAAGCCACUGGUCCUUGAUAUCUAAAGGCUCUCCCCAGCUGUCAGGGUUCAGUUCCACAACCACCUUCAGAAAAAGGCUUUCAACUGUUGAGGAUUUAGAGAGUUCCAGCGAGCAGGAGGGGCCCCAUUCAGACCAUUUAGCUGCAGAGGAAGAACCCUGCAUGUCAGCCUCCUUGAACCAGGAGCAGCAUCAGAAGAAGACAGAGGCCCUGCAGGCAACGAGCUGGCCAAAGAACUCAGGGAUGCCUGGAAUCUCAGACAUCGCCUGUAGAAAGAGACGAGACCCAAAGAAGCGGGCAGCUGCGAUGCAACGCUUGCGGCAAUGGGAGGCCCAGAUGCUUCAGGAAAUUGAGGAGGCAGUUCAUCAUGAACUUACCAUCCAAGAGGGGGUUCUUAGCACUGAGCUCCCUGGCCAAGCCCAGGGGCCACUUAGCAUCAGUACAGUCAGGAGAGAUCCCCAGGGCCCUGCUGCCUUGGCAUGACUUCAUUGUCUACACCACACACUCCAGCUGGCCCAGGAGCGGGCCAGCAGCUGGGACUGUGCACAGGAACUUCAUAUUCCACACAGUGUUCUAAGUGGUCCACUUUAUAUUUAAACAUCUGCAUGUUUUACAAGCUACUUUCUAUUAAAAUAAUUCUCUAUUUUCAUUUGUGUAAUUAUCUGGUUAUAAAAUCAGCCUUGUGAACAUGUCAGAACUUUACUAAUUUUUCAAAGACAGAAUACUAUUUUUAAAACCUGGUUAGAACUGUGUAACAUGGAGAUGAAUGCAUCAGAGAAAAGUUCUUCCAAUCUUCAUUAUUAAAAAUAAACUCUUUUCAUGAGAACUAUUUCCAAAGUUUAUGCCUGAAUGCAAAUCAGUUCAGAUGUAGAGCCAAAAGAAUUCUAAUUCCACCUCGCUUUUCAAAGACUGAAAUUCAAAUACAGAACGAGUACAGGGAAGCAGUUUGAGGCAAUAUAUUCUUGAAAGAAUUGCAGGCCCCAGAGGGAAGGCUUAGGUGACAGAUAAGUUCCUGGACACAUACGUUGUGCUUUCUGGGUUUUUGUGUAUUUGCCCAGUUAGAGUAUGCUUGACUCCUAGGCACUCCAGCUGAUGUGAUUAAAAUAUCAUUCUUUGGGCUAGCAA